AUGUCGUUGCACAUUUACAUUUCUCACUCUGGUGAGCAUCUACUGGCUGAUCCAGUAGCUUUUGCUUCACCCGAUUCUUUGAAAUCAUGGAUCGUUCGAAAUACCUCGAUUCCUCCUUCUAGGCAGAUCUUGAUGACCGCCCGAGGGAAGAACGUGAAGACACAGACACUUGCUACCGAGACUGAAAUAUUUGUAUAUGACCGACAAUACGUGAGCGAGCCGGGCGAUAUCGAGCUUCCGGAACUACCUACACCUGAACCCUUUAAGCCUGGCAGUCCUCCCGCAUCACUUACCGACCAGAACGACCUGCAAGCAUGGCGGAACUUAUUCAUGGCGAGGAAAUCAUGGGCCCUGGAGUUAUCCAGCCGAUGUGGCGCUACCGACAAGACGAUACAGGAACACAAUGAACGAACCGAUGUCAUCAAUCGCGCAGUUGGUGUCGCACUCGAGAAUCUCAAAUCACAUGUUGGAAAUCUAGAACACAAGUUCAAAGAAGCUCAGACGUGGGCCAAUAAUAUACUGGAAGAGCAGCAGGCUGCUCUAGAUGACUGGCAACGCGCUCUGGCAAGAUUAGAGAGCAUCCCAGCACGAAAAGAUUUCCCACUUCUUGGCCGACCAUCAACCCCAAAGAAAGACAACAACCGGUUGAUGGGAUCUCUUAAUGACUUCGUAGAUGCACACGAAGUCGAACAGGCUGGCGCAGAUGCGGCGGUUGCCCAACCGCGGUUCGCCAGUCAAGUUCAAGAUCUCCAGGACGCAGUUGGUGAGAUCUCCUUGGAUACUCAAAAUUUAAUAAAGGAGUUGUUGUCUUCUCCCGCCGAUGUGGACGAGGGCUUGCUAGCUGAAGUGGAAACGAUUGCGAAGAAGAUUGGCUCGGACCAUGAGCAUGUUAUCAGUCUACCAAAUAACCAGAAGAUGCUUGCAAAUGUUUCUCGGCUGGCGCUCAACCACACCCAAAACCUUCUCCCCUCUCUCUUGGCUGCAAGUGCAGACCUGCAGCAAGCACUUGCACAUUCAAUCGAGCGUCGUUAUAAUGCAGAGAAGACGGCCAUUGAUCAAAUGCGGGCCAUUUCAUCUCUCCAAUCACGGUUGGCCGACGCUAAUGGCCAACUGAUAAAUCUCGAUGUGAAUACCAACUCCUUCGACAUUAUCUAUACUGUAUUCCAGAUGCCAAUGGUAUACGGGUCCAUCCUUAUCGAAUCCGUUCGACGCCGAGAAUGGUCAGAUAAGGUAAAGGCGGAUUCAUUGAGUUUAGCGGAAGAAAUGGCCGUCCUCAGAGAUGAAGAACAAAGACGCCGAAAAAAGUGGCUCAAAAACAUGGGCGAUCAAAUUUCUUUCGGGGACUCGAAUACCCUAGGUAUCGAAGUCAACCUGCAAGGGCAAGAUGAAGAAUGGCCUGAGGUGAACCGAAAGGAGAUUGAGCUUUAUAUUGAUGAUAUAAGAUCUAAACAUUCUUUAACAAAUAUUGCAGAAGAAUUAUCCCAGCAGCUCAAAGACUUAGAUUCACCCUCACGCCAGCAAAGACGACGAGCGAAGGCAUUCAAGAAUGGCAGUGUCUUCGACCUGAGUCGGAGCUCUAUUCUUCUACGCGGUGAUGAUAUGGUUCGAAGUCUACAGGAUGAGAAGACUAAACUCGAAGAGCGGGUUAAGGGCUCUGAGAGUCGUAUACGAAAAUUAGAGGAUCUCCUCCAUCGCCAAAGCCAGCUUAGUCGACCAUCUAGUGGUAACUUCGGCCCGGACUUUCCUAGUUCACCAGCUUCUCCACAUCCAGACACCCUCUCUAGGAGAUCUUCAGUUUCAUCCAGGCGGGUUUCUAUGACCCAGUCCCCCGAGGAUAGAGUCUUGGUCCAACGUAUAGUUUCUCUCGAAGCUGAACUGACAGCUGAAAGAGAGACUGUUCAGAGACUUCACAAAGAGGCCCAUGUCGAGCGACAAUCCAAUUCUGACAAGUAUCAAGAAGCCCAGUCAACCAAAAGAGAUCUCAUUGGAAAUCUUGAGGCACGACAGCGCGAGUUUGAGGACGAACGAAAAUUUCUCGAAUCAGAACUCAAGAAAUAUCGACUUCGCGCGGAUGAAGUGGAAGAAGAGCUGGAUAAAGUGAUAGAUGGACGGGACCAUGAGAAGCAAGAGAUCGAUGAUCGAAUCUAUCAGCUCGAGAUCGAACUGCAAGACGCCCACACAGCUUCGGCGAAGGAGACUCAGAGGGCCGACGAUUUGGAUGAGCGCAUUAGAUGCCAGCAAGAAAAAGAACAAGAGCUUCAGGCGAAUGUCAAUGAUCUUGAGCGCCAACGAACAGAGUGGACUCACAAAGAUCAAGAGAACUACAGUGCUCUACAGUCGGCUUUCAUGAGUCUGUCUCCCGGAGGAGCUGUGCCACUCGAAAUCCCUAGUAUCAUUCACGCUAUCGAGGUCCUUUCUGAAGGCCUUUCUAUCCAUGCUCGAACUGCUGAAACCAAUGCAUCGAAAACCAUGGCUGAAAAUAAGUCUCUGGAAGAAAAUAUCCAAAAGAUCGAAUAUGAACUGGAGGAGCAAGCUACGGCCGUCCAUAAACGGGACACUGAUUUGACCCAGUUGUCCGAGAAACUUGACAAGGUUCGGCAGGAAUUGGAGACCACAAAGCAUGAGUUGGAAAAAGCACGAUCUGAAGCCAACGACACAAAAAUCGAGUUGGAACAGGAGCAGUCUAAACAUCACACUUUGCAAUCCCAAGUAUCUGCAGGAGAAACAGGAUCUGAUGAGCUGCGAGAAAGGAUUGCAGAAGAAGAGCGGAAACAAGCAGAUUUAUCCCAGAGACUAGCCGAUGCAGACUCCAAGGCCCAGGAACUACAGACCAAGGAAGCGGAUUGGGCGAAGAAGCUCGAUAUUGCUUCAGAGGCAGAACGACAAGCACUAGCACGCUACGAAAGUCGCGGGAAACAUGGCCACGAUAUAUCUAAGCAGCUUUUUUCGCAGGUCGAUAAAUUGGAACGGAUGCUCGAGCAACUGGGAUUUGCUAUCAUUCAACAAGAUGGUCAUCUCAUUAUCCAACGCGCUUCGAAGCUCACUGCCUCUUCAUCGGGACUUGGCGAAAGCUUGGCUCAAUCUGGUAUUGUGUCCGCUAAGCCUGACAGUGCACUACUUGGUUGGAUGAAUGCUGAGAGCCCCGAAGAAGAAGAGACCAAAUUCUCAUCGUUCAUGGAAAGCCUCACUCGAUUCGACGUCUCCAUUUUUGGUGAUGUGGUCGUGAAACGAGUGAAAGACAUUGAGCAACUUGCGCGUAAAUGGCAAAAGGAAGCUCGUGGAUAUCGCGAGAAGUACCAUCGAGCCCAGAGUGACGCUCAUGACAAGAUUGCAUACCGCUCUUUCAAGGAGGGUGACCUAGCUUUAUUUCUCCCCACUCGAAAUCAAGCCAUUCGGUCAUGGGCUGCAUUCAAUGUUGGUGCACCGCAUUAUUUCUUGCGUGAACAAGAUUCUCAUAAGCUUCACGCCCGCGAUUGGCUGCUCGCUCGUAUUACCAAGAUCGAGGAACGAGUUGUGGAUCUCUCGAAGUCAUUAAAUGGCGGCACUCCCGAUAGACGCUCGCUUGGAGAUGCCAGCGAAGCUGCCUCCAUUGAUGAUGAGAAUCCAUUUGAGUUGUCCGAUGGCCUCCGAUGGUAUCUUCUCGAAGCCAUCGAGGAAAAGCCUGGGGCACCAGCUACUCCUGGAAUUUCCAAAAGUACCGUCGCGUCUACCCAGGUGGAUGCCAAGGGGAGCAUCCGUCUCAAGCGACCGACCGAAGAAAACACAGUCGCUCAGGCUUUGUCCAAGAGUUUAGACAGUCGGCGCAACAGCAACAAUUCCAAGCGGGGAACUCCUACGCCAUCCCAAAGAGCCAACGACUCGGCCAUCGAUUUAGUUCGACCUGCCGAUGCUGAUGCUAAUGCCGAUGCCGCCGGCUCCCAUCCUCGUGAAUCUGCACCGAUAUUUGAAGAGGUUCGCCGUGACCUACUCCUCGGCCCGUGA